UUUUAAGAGUUUAAUGUAAAGAUAUUGUAACUCCCAUUGUGGCCAACGAUUUUGCAAGGCCAAUGACUUCUUUACCUCUGUCAAUUGUGGUGGGAGUCUAGUGACACCAGUCUCGAAAUUUCCCCGAAAAUGGAGGCGAAGCAUUUCGAGCUCCUGUCGUCCGCCGUAGCAUAUCAAAUUUCCGUGACUUCAUCCCACCGCCGAUGAGUCCAGUCACCAGUGAGUCACGUAACCCUUGAUAGAAAUCUUUGAUAGUAUAUCACGUAUAAAUUCGAGUUCGAAAGAGAAGGAAUCUCCAGAAUCCAGAGAAAUAUCCGGACUGUCACUUUUCUUGUCAUUGAAUUUUUAGAUUUGUUGGUAGCUGCAUCAUGUCGACGACACUCGUUCUACGUGGGGAGGAUAAGCCGAUGGAGCAUCGGAGUGCUUUGACUCCUACCACAGCCAAAGCACUCAUCGAUUCCGGCUACACCAUCAAAGUCGAACGAAGCGACCAACGCAUCUUCGACGACAACGAAUUCUCCUCCAUCGGCGCCCAACUAGUCGAAAAGAGCUAUUGGCUCACCGCCCCUACCGACGAGAUCAUCAUCGGCCUCAAAGAACUCCCCGAUCUCCCCGCCCGCCUCCCCCACACCCACAUCCAAUUCGCCCACGUCUUCAAAAACCAACACGCCUGGGCCCCUACCCUCGCCCGCUACGCCCGCGCCGACGGCACCCUCCUCGACCUUGAAUUCCUCGCCACCGGCGGCCGUCGCGUCGCUGCCUUCGGUUACCACGCGGGGUUCGCCGGCGCGGCGCUCGCGAUCAAGGCGUGGCGCGCACAGCAGGACGGGGGGGUGCUGAAGAAUGUGGAUGAGUAUACAGGGGGGAAGGGGUAUUAUCCGACGGAGGGAGAGCUGGUGAGCCAGGUGACGGAAGAUAUUAAGGCAGUUGGAAGGGCGCCGAGGGUGUUGGUGAUUGGGGCGCUGGGGCGGUGUGGGAGCGGAGCGGUGGAAUUGUGUCGGGCGGUGGGGGUACCAGAGGAGCAGAUUGUGAAGUGGGAUAUGGCGGAGACGGCGAAGGGGGGGCCGUUUGAUGAAAUCGCCGAGGCCGAUAUCUUCGUCAACUGCAUCUACCUAACCGAGAAAAUCGCCCCCUUCAUCACCCCCGAGAAACUUUCCUCCCCCAACCGCAAUGUCACAGUUAUCUGCGACGUCAGCGCCGACAACACCAACCCCAACAACCCCGUCCCAGUCUACACUGAAACCAGCACCUUCACCCAACCUACCAUCGCCGUCGACGGCGUCGCCGGCACCCCCGUCCGCGUCAUUAGCAUCGAUCAUCUGCCGAGCUUGCUGCCGCGGGAGGCGAGCGAGGCUUUCUCCGGGGCGCUGUUGCCGUAUCUGAAAGAGUUGCGGGAUUGGCGCGCGAAUCAGGUGUGGGCGGAUGCAGAGCGGUUGUAUCGGGAGAAGGUGGCGACGUUGCCGGAGGGGUUGGUGGAAAAGGCGUAGGCGUUGAGUCGACAUAAAUCAGUCCUCGGGUAUUAGAGGGGCGUGUGGAACUCAAAAGUUGGGGUUACUGGUUAGGUUUAGAUGGGU